AUGAGCCUGGUAGGCAAUUACCAGCAACAUUUCCGAAACUCCGAGACCACGGCUUAUCCGCAACAUUACUACGGCAACCGUUACGACAUUCCUUCGGUGACACCAGACCCUUCCUAUUUGAGCUGGUCUUUCGGAAAUUACAGUCCAGACACUUCUUUGGACUUCUGUCCGCCGGUCGAGACUAAAGACUAUUGUCUCGGGAGCGGUCUAAGGCCUGAAAGAGGCCUCAAAAGAAGAGUGACGGCCAACCGCAAGGAACGCAAACGAACUCUUUCCAUCAACAAUGCCUUCGCCGAGCUCCGUUCGUGCAUACCGGCAGUUCCUCAGGAUACGAAAUUGUCCAAGAUCAAAACAUUGCGACUGGCGACAAGUUACAUUGCGUACCUCAUGGAUCUUCUAGCUCAAGAGGAUCCCAGCAGAGCGCCUCAAGGGGGUUUUAAAGCAGAACUCUGCAAAAAGUACGAAUCCAGAGAAGAAAAGAGGAAACGAGAAAUUGCAACUCUAGGACCAGGACCGAAUAGGGACAGGAAAUCCAAAGGAAGAACAGGAUGGCCGCAACACGUAUGGGCUUUAGAACUCAAAAACGAGUCCUAA